AUGCCAUGGAGCCGCCAGAGGGGUAGGCGAAGCGUGUACUGGCGAGGAUCACUUUACGCGCAAUUUUAUGGUGUGUUUCUUGUGAGGUUAUCUUUAUCGAAUGGGAAGUAUCGAGUAAUCGAAACACCGAUAAAUGACGAGGAGAGCAUUCCCGUGCAGUCUUAUGUUGGGAGAUCGGAAAAUGGCGUGUACUUUGCAACAGUUUAUGAUGGAUGUCGACUUCAGGUUUGGACUCUCAUGGAAUCGAGUGAACGGGUGGAUUGGGUGUCAAAGAAACAUAUUGAUCUGGGAACUACAACUCUACCAUUGUACCCGCCAGAUUAUAUGGAGGGAAUUGAAAAAACUUGGAUUUUGGACGACGAUGAUGAUGUGAAUGGCAACAAUAGAAACAUAAAGACGGAAAAUUUGGACUGGGACUCCGACGAUGAUAACAUUGUGAAUAUUGAAGAUUCUUAUCAAUAUUCCCACACCUAUGUCUCCUUUCUUGGGUUUCAUCCCUACAAAGAAGUUGUUUUCUUGGCGUUGACAUCAUACAAAGGACCAGUUGCAAUGGCUUAUCAUUUGAACAACUCGAAAUUUCAGUAUCUGGGACAGCUAGCAGAUUACUUACAUGGCGCUCGCAUACAAGGAUCAUUUCCGUACACCCCCUGCGUGACUGGGCAUCUUCUAUAUCACUUCACAGAGUAG